AUGUCCUGCGGUCUGCUGGAUUUCUGUCGCGUCCAGGAGCUCAGACAGGUUCGGGAUUUUCUCUUUAAGACUCACAAAACUUCUCAACCGGAGGACAACAAGGAGCAAACAGGAAACGAUUUAGCAUGGGACGACUCAGACUGGGGCUCCUGGGAGGCCUCGGAGACCAACGAGGAUGGAACCACGGCUGAGGACGACGUGCAGCGGAACGGCGCCCCCUGGCUGCAGGAUUGUUCACUCGCUCUUUCUCCCUGUUCAGAUCUGCUGGUCAUCGCUCGAGAGCACAAAGCCGCUUUCCUCUCCGCCAAAUGGCAGACGGACUCCGCUGGACGGGAGGAGAUGACCCUGGCCGUGACCUGGAGCGGGACGCUGAGCGCUGAGGAGGGAGAGAGUGUGAGCAGUGUUAUCUGCAUUCCACUCGCCAGCCAGAAGAGGAGUUCGACAGGUCGUCCAGACUGGACGUGUAUCGCGGUCGGGUUCAGCUCCGGACACGUUCGCUUUUACACAGAGAAUGGGGUUCUACUCUUGGCUCAGCUGCUUAAUGAAGAUCCUGUGCUGAGGCUGAAGUGUCGUACAUAUGAGAUUCCCCGCCACCCCGGAGUCACUGAACAGCAUGAAGAGUUGAGCAUCCUGUACCCGACGGCCUUGGUUACCAUCGAUGGUUUCAGCCUCUUUCAGUCUCUACGUGCCUGCAGAAAUCAGGUCGCUAAAGCUGCAGCGGCAGGAAGUGAUGUCGUCCAGCCUCCUCCACUGACCUAUAAGAAGUGGGGCCUGCAGGAUAUGGACACCAUCGUGGAUCACAGCAGCGUGGGUAUCAUGACCCUGAAUGUGUUUGAUCAGAUGAAGAACGCCUCCAUUCUGGGGGGGUUCCACGCCUCAGUGAAGGGCAGCCCCCCUGCCAUGAGUCAGUACAUUACCGUAGGUGGGGGACCCUUCACCGGAUUCUAUUAUGCCGUAGAGGGCAGUUCUCAGCCUCUCCUCUCGCACGUGGCUCUCGCCGUGGCCAGUAAACUCACCUCAGCUCUGUUUAACGCUGCCAGUGGAUGGUUGGGGUGGAAUAAGAACAAGACCGAGGAGGAGCCGGCUCAGAAGCAGAAGCCUAAGGUUGAGCCUGCCACGCCCCUUCCCGUUAGGUACGGCCUCCCUGAUUCUCGACGUCACGGCGAAUCCAUCUGUCUGUCGCCGUGCAACACCAUGGCCGGAGUGACGGACGACUUUGGCAGAGUGACGCUGCUCGAUGUGGCGCGUGGCAUCGCCAUCCGCAUGUGGAAGGGUUACCGCGAUGCCCAGCUGGGCUGGGUGCAAGUGUCUGAGGGUCGAGGAGAGAGAGGGAUGACCACGUCGCCCUCGAUGCCGCGCCGCUCGGCCCAGUUCUUGGUCAUCUAUGCUCCUCGGAGGGGCAUCCUGGAGGUGUGGGGCACGCAGCAUGGCCCCCGCGUCGGGGCCUUCACCGUGGGCAAACACUGCAGGUUACUGUAUCCAGGAUACAGACUGAUGGGACUGAACAGUGUGACCAGUCAGAGUUGGAACUUACACACACAGCAGGUGUGUCUGUUUGAUCCGGUGAACGGAGUGCUACGUUCCAUCACUGUACCAUUCCACCUGGCCCUCAGUGAUAAGAAGAGUGAGCGAGCCAAAGACAUGCACCUACUUAAAAGACUGACUUCUCUGCUCAAGAGUGCUGAUAUUGACCCAACUCUUCUGGAAAGCGAGAUGCAGAGUAUUCUUCUGGAGAUCAAGCACCCUGCUGUUAAAAAACAGGCACUGGAGUCUCUGCUGAACAGUAAGAACGCUCCAGUUUCGUGUCUGAUUAACAUCACUCACACCUUAUUAUCCAGCCUAAAGGAACAAGACCCUGAAGCUGUAGACGAGUCGUUGCUGCAGUUGUGUUCCUCUCAGCUCAAACUGCUGCAGCUCUACACUGACGUUCAGCUCCUGCACUCACCUGAUACCUCACCUAGUGAGCCUGAACCUCUCCAGACGUCUGUGCCCGGUAUGGAGGACGACCUCGCAAGAAUCGGGCCGAUCCUGCAGCGCUACGCCGAGCUGAACUCUCGCCCCACCGUCUCGUUUGCUCAGGACGAGACCGGGCCGCUGCAUGUCAAAACCUUCCUGUCGCAGUUAGUGUGCGAAGGAGGGGAACUGCACGUCAUCAGAGGUUCCGACACAGACUGGACGCAACUAGGUAGUUUUCUGUUCUGGGGAUGUCUUUCUGGUCAGAGUCCUCUGGAGCGAGUGUGUGAGACACUACAGCAGAGUGGCAUCAGCCCCCAGCAGCUCCUGUCUCUGCUCCUGACGGUCUGGUUGAACAGAGAGAAGGAGAUCCUGAAGAAAGGAGGCGCUGUCAGGAACCUGCACACACUCCUCAACACACUCAGCUCCAUGAAAGGUGCAGUGGAUGAAUCGUGGGACAUGCAGUGCGUCUCCCCUUGGUGGCAGCAGGUGCGCAAUGCCUGCGUGCAGUCAGAAAGCGCUGGCGCCGCCCUGCUGGCUGCUUUGGUCGCACACCAGGCUGCUAAGAGCUCCAUCACCAGCCUGGCUGAGAGCAAGUUCCAGUCAGAUUGGGAGUGUGUAUCACUGGAGCUGGAGCAGUGGGUGGUGUGUGUUAGACAGCUGGAAGACGUGUUGGUGCUGCAGACGUUACUGAGCCUGCCAUCCCCUCAGGGGUCACCGGGGGGCGCCACCCAGCGCUGCUCCGUCAAAACGCUGCUGGAGAGCGGCCGAGGCGGAGUAGCGGACAGGGUCGCGAAGUUGAUCUUCAAGCAAGACGUCAGUCCUGGAAAAUUAAAAGAGAUCGUGUGGCACAAAGGGGACGAGCAGAGCUCAGACGAGCCUGACGAUCAGCCCUCACAGCAGGGAGCGGAUCAGAAGGAUGAUGUUCAAGGGCUGGAGGAGCUUCUAGCUUGUGUGUGUCGGCGCUUUCCUAACUCGCUCUCGGCCGAUGUGCUGUGGGCUCACUGCUGCUGGGAAUACGUGGUCCAGUGGAACAAAGACCCUGAGGUGGGCCGGUAUCUGGAGUGCUCUGUGGACUACCUGAAGAUGAUCUCCAGUCCUCACAUUCAGUUAGGAAUCUCUACGAUGAUGUGGAACACGUUUUUAGUGAAGCGUUUCUCCGCUGCUGCUUUCCUGAUGGAAAAGGUUGGAAAGGCUCCCAAAGACAGGCUGUGCAGAAGGGACGUAGGAAUGGGCGACGCACCCAUGACCAGCUUCCUGGGCUCGUGUGUGCAGCUGCUCCAGGCUGUGAUGGAGGCGGACUCCGGGGUCGAGCAGGCGCCCGUGCCCGAAGUGUGCGUGGAAGAGGCGUGGGGUGGAGCCGAGGGCCCGGCUUCCAUAGCGGAGCUAGCACUGCAGCAGAAGGCGGUGCACUACCCGCUGGUACAGCACCACUGUCUGCUGGCAUCACUGCUGCACACCGCCAUGAGCUUUUCACUCCGCAUCAAGCCCCUCAGUCUGUUCGACACCAAGGGAAAAAAUGCGUUCUUUAGAGAACUGACGUCCAUCCAGCUGCUGCCUAGUGGAGAUAUGGAAUCCAGUCUGGUGGCUCAAAGACAGGAAUUUCUGCAGAGCGUACUGACGGCGUGGGUGAAGACCGUGGCCGAGCAGGACGAGAGCGCCGGGUCCGUCAGAGCAGUGAUGGAGCAGUCGUGGCCCGAGACGUGUAUGGAGUUAGCUACACUGCUGCAGCUCAACACUGAUAUACUGUGCAGGCACCUGGUGUGUGAGCUCUAUAACCAGGGGCUGGACCUGCGUGCUGAGGAGGUGAUGUUGGAGGUCGAGGACAAGGACGUUCUGGGUUCUCAGCUCUUGGUCCUGAUCGGUCAGAGACUGGCCUACUCUCUCUUCCACUCCCAGUCUCAGACCAAAUCCACCAUGGAGCUCCUCGCUCGGCUUCCCCCCACCCUCUGUACCUGGCUUAAAGCUAUGGACCCGAGCGAGCUCCGCUGUCCCUCGGCGCCUCUGCAGCAGAUCAGCCGCCUGGUGAGUCGAGUGAUCGAGAUGCUGCCCGAGAGACACGCCCAGUACACCAUGGCUCUGCACCUACUGGAGAUGGUGGAUACGUUACAGGAGGACUGAGAGACAGCGAGAGGGAGGGAGGGUACUGAUAGGAAUGAGAUACAGAGCGACUAAAGGAGUCACUGUGUAAGAACAGCCGAUGAGACUGAGGCACGUAUUUAGGAUUUCAUUCGGUAUUUUACUUGGGGUGUUUAAUUAAUACCAUUAAUAUAUUAGCACCCUAAAAGUGCUAGAUUAGGAGUGAUCGCUUAUACAAACUAAAGUGAUUGACUCGGAAUUAGAUUUCAAGACAAACCUUGCAAAUGUAAGCCGAUCGUGAAUAAAAUUUUUAAAUGAAGCGACUUAUAA